AUUCUAUGCAAGUCGACACUUCCUUAACAUAUGAUCCUUUCAGCCAAGAGCUCAUCCCAUUGCAAAUUGCAUCAAUACCUUCACCCUGAAUUCAUUACAGUUUUCUCGAACAGGUUUGAAUACCUUCAAUGAUUGGACGCGGUUAUCCCCCGUAAGAACUAUGAAGAAACCCUUUCACGUUCAAGGAAACUGGAUUCCACUGGGAAUCUUCUUUUCAGUGUCUCAGUGUGGCAUGCCCUAUGACCAGUACUUAUUUUUCUGGCCAAUUCAGAGGAAUCAAAAUUGGCAACAUCAGCCAAGUUAUCUGCAUAGUCAAUGAUGUCAACCUGUUUAACGGGUGAUUAUUUGGGUGCUUCGUAUACGCAAAUUUCCACAAACCAACCAUCUCGAAUAAACGAUAGUGCGAAUACGAUCUGCCAUUGAAUUUUGCCCACAUUGACACAAAGCCCUCGUUUUGCAAUGGCAGUGCUUCUGUUGACAGGUCAAUACAGACAGAGACCACCAACCAGGUCAUGCAGGUAUCUUAGCAUCCAGCAAGAUGCCUUCUUCCAGCAUAGCUCCCUCCUACGGUGAAUUUUCUUUAGAUCUGAGAGUGACUGAUACACAUAACCAAACAUCAUGAUGAGCUUUAGACCGGGGGAAUUUCUUUUGGCAAGUCCAAAACCAUUGAAAACCCUUUGGAAAUCCUAGGGAUUGAACAAUAUGGUCUUAGUCAUCGUGCUAACAACAUGUCUGCCUCAAAAAUCAUGUCUGUGUCGGCAGUGUCUUGGUUGGCCAUUUUCAUCCUCAUCCUCCUGAGCUUCCCAACCCUGGAGGGAUCUGAAUUAAAUCUAAAUUGUGGCAUCAACUUGCGGGCUCGCAAUUUUUUCGGGCCGCGGGUUGCCAAUAACUCCGAUUUUGGUGCUGACGAUGAUGGGAUCACGGGUUUUCCCGGAUCUUGGCCAUGGAUGAUCUCGGCUGGCCGAGGACUGAAUGAAUCGUGGAUACACAAAUGUGCAGGCACUUUGAUCCAUGCCAAAUAUGUGCUCACAGCCGCCCAUUGUGCUGUUGUCAGCGAGAAUUGGUCGCUGAGAUUUGGAGAUCGGAAUCUGAAAUCUUCCUUGGACGAUUAUAAUGUGAUAACCCGGCAGAUCAAGAAAACGCACAUCCAUACGAAGUAUGUGGGUGAUUUGAGCGCUUAUUAUGAUGUUGCCAUCUGGGAAUUGGACCAAGAAAUUCGAUUAAACACUUUUCAAUCGCCAAUUUGUUUGCCUGGUGCUUCAUCCUAUGAACCUAACCAAUACGACGGUCAGAAAGUCACUCUCCUUGGAUGGGGAUUACUCACUCCGUUCGGAUCCAGGAGGAAUGAUGUACUGAGGAAAGCUCCUCUCAAGAUUUUUUCCAAUGAAUAUUGCAAUGCGACGCACAAACACGUCCAAGGAAGGUUUCUCCAAAACCGAGUCCAGAUUUCACUUCCGAGGUUGUUCCCAGAUCAUCUGAUGUGUGCCGGCCAUGAAGAGGGCCAGUUCGGCUCAUGUCAGGGAGAUUCCGGUGGACCGAUCAUGCAGCUCAUCGCGAAUGACACCCAGAUGCGUUACGUCCAAGUUGGAAUAGUGCAAGGAGGUGUAAGACAUUGUGGAGACCCAAAGUAUCCCGGUAUCUACACCCGAAUAGACAAUCCCGAGAUCACAGAAUUCAUUGAAAGUGUCAUCAAGCCAGCCAACGAAUAUCCUGACCUUCUCAAGGAGUUAUUUGAAGGAACUGAAACCGGGAACAUCCUCGACCACAGGGUUUCGCACAAUGACCCUGAAGAUCCCAAUCAUCAAGCCUCUCUCACGAUCGUGCGUGCGGCUCAAACAGGCAAUUUAGCCCUUACCAGAUCAUUGGUGCAAGCUGGAGCCACUGUGAAUUACCAAGACUUUGGUGUCGAAUCGCCAUUGACCGCAGCUUGCCGUUUUGGACAUUUUGAAGUGGCCAAGUUCCUCUUGGAUGCUGGUGCAAAUGUCAACCACAAAGCUGCCUCCAAAAUGACCUGCCUUGACAGUGCCAUUGGCCUUAAUGCCACCGAGAUGGUUGAAUUUUUGAUCAAGAAAGGACAAGUACUGACUCAUCCCGGAGAGACGCUCAUUCAGGCUGCAUCCUCUGGGAAUCUGGAAAUUCUCAAACAAAUUGCGGGAACAGGGCAUUUUGGUCGUUUGCCCAUUGAAGAUCAAAUUAUCAUUGACGGUCCCACCAACUCCAAAGGCGAAAACGCUCUUCGGAUCAGCAUUGACCAAGAUCGAGUGGAUUUGUUCAAGUUUCUGGUUGAAGCUGGGGCUAAUUUGUAUCAAACAUUCCCAGACUAUCCCAUGUCCUUGGCGCCAUUAUUUGUAGCCGCGGCAGAUGGGCGCUACGAAAUUGUCAAAUACCUGGUGGAAUCCGGCUUAGACCCCAAUUUCCAUGCUGAGGGCACUCAUGCCACGCCCUUCCUUCAUGCUUGUCUGGGAAAAGGCAGAUUGGAUAUGAUCAAGUAUCUCAUUGAACAUGGCGCAAAUGUGAACGAGGUCUCACAAAACGGGUAUUCAUGUCUCUCUGCGGCAUUACGGAAAAAAGACGCGAAAGUGUUCGAGUUUCUGAAAAAAUGGGUAACGGUGGGGAGACGAGCAACAGACUUUGUCAUUACCAUAAAUCAAAAUUUUACCAUCCUUCUUGUUAUAAUCUUAAUUUUAAAAUCCCUGCUUCUCGUCAGUUACUGUAAAAUAUUGAAGGGCUCGUCAUCUAAGCCAAGAAAUGGCGGCCUUUUAAACUUUUGCCUAAACUCAUUGAGUACCUAAACCACCUUGCUGGCUGUGAAUUAUGUUACCUCUAGUACAUAUCGACAAAAUAAGCAUUGUUCUCUAAGUACAAAUAAAAUAACUCUACUGUA